GUGCUGGAAAUGCCCUUUUUCAAAAGUGGUUGGUUUGCGGAGGAAAAGGAAGAAUUCGAUUAGGCAAACCUGAAGCGAGAGAGAGCUUCUCGGUAGAGGUAGUCAAGCUAAGAGCUAGAAACCUAAUCCUGCCGACGCACUGUUCUCUUCAAUAGUGGUAAAAUAUAAGAAACAAAUCAAGCAAUAAUGGAUAUACGAACUACUUGUAUAAAAUAGUAUAACAACCGUUUUCUUCCAGAAGUGGGAAACCAUUACUUCUUCAAUUGCAGUCUUAUGAAACUUUGACAACACUAAUCUAUGCCUAAAAUAGUCAAUACUCAACAUGAUCAAUGCUUAAUUAAGAAGAUCGAUUAACUAAUACUAGUAAACCAAAGCUGAUUUAAUUUACACGUAUUAUGCCAAAGUUGAUUUAAUAUACACGUAUUAUACGCGAAAUAAUAUAUAGUAAUUAAUUGAGCAGACGAACAAACCCGGAGACUAAUCGUGUAGGAUAAUCACAAAAAUUAACAAAAUAAUAAUCGGAAAUUAUUAAGAACUUUCAGCAUUAAUCUAUGAUGUGUUACCUUUCAUCACAUCUUUAUUAAGAAGAGCAUGACAUAGCUGCAGAGCUGCUGUAACUGUAAGCGUUUUUUCAUUGAGCAAGACAAGAGGAAACUGCAAAGCAUGUUCCUGAUUCAAAGAACAAGUAUAAAGAUAAGUACACAACAUUAUAUUUCCGACUCACAAUAAUAGAAAGAGUCAGCCACAAACCUUAACAAAUACGAUCAAAGCCUUAAUCCCAAAGGUGAAGUCGGCUACAUGAACCAAAGAUUUUAGCAUCCAACAAACCUCAAAAGAAGAAAAAACCAACCCAUUUCAUCUCAUCUUCUCCAAACUUAUUUAGUUCCAUAUUUCUUAGAGUAUAGAAGAAAACAAAUGGACGGGAGAGCUUUUGUCCUGGAUAGUGAUUGUGGUACUUUGAUUCAUAAAGUGAGCACCACAAUAACACAAGCGAGGAAACGGUGGCACAUAGCAGCUGCAGCCAUCUAUUCCUUCCGAGCAUUUCUUUCCCUCGCCAACAACACAAGCCUGAGUAUUGGUUAUCAGCAGCCUUACACAGUACUUGAUGUUGAACCCAACAGCCCAGUAACCCCUUCUUCAUCAUGCAUAGAUGCAGCAAAGCUCGCUGAAAUUGUUAGGGAGAAGAGAGUUGAGUCUCUUCACACACUUGGGGGAGUUCACAAAAUUGCCAGUGCACUCAAGACCAAUGAAACAAGUGGCAUCUCAGGAAGCGAACAUGAUCUUGGGUGGAGAAAGGAGAAAUUCGGGUCAAACACUUACAAGAGGCCGCGUCCUAAGGGUUUCCUUUAUUUUGUUUGGAAUGCCUUUAAGGAUCUCACCCUCAUCAUCCUUCUUGUUUGUGCAACCCUUUCUCUUGGGUUUGGGAUCAAGCUGCAUGGCAUUAAAGAAGGGUGGUAUGAAGGAGGAAGCAUCUUCGUGGCAGUCUUCCUUGUUGUCAUUGUUACUGCUGUAAGUAACAUCAAACAAGAUAGACAAUUUAGCAAGCUAUCAAAAAUAAGCGAUAACAUUAUGAUCAGUGUUGUGAGGGAUGGCAGGCCACAACAAGUCUCCAUCUUUGACAUCGUAGUUGGAGAUGUAGUGAUCUUGAAGAUUGGGGAUCAAAUACCGGCAGACGGACUCUUCGUAGAUGGACAAUCCUUGUUGAUAGAUGAGUCAAGCAUGACAGGAGAAAGUGAUCACAUUGAGGUAAAUCAUACAAACAACCCUUUUCUUCACUCAGGUGCAAAGGUCGGUGAUGGAUAUGGACGAAUGUUGGUGACAUCAGUUGGGAUGAACACAUCUUGGGGAGAGAUGAUGAGCACAAUUAAUCGUGAUACCAAUGAGCAAACUCCACUACAGGUGAGGCUCGAUGCAUUGACCUCAGCAAUAGGGAAGAUAGGUCUUCUUGUCGCUCUACUUGUCCUCAUGGUGUUACUUGUAAGGUAUUUUACAGGGAACACCAGAGGUGAGGAUGGGCAAAAAGAGUAUAAUGGUAGUCAAACGGGGAUCAAUUCCAUACUCAGUUCCAUAGUUCGGAUAAUCUCUGCUGCAGUCACCAUAGUGGUUGUGGCCAUUCCUGAGGGCUUGCCAUUGGCUGUGACGCUCACCCUUGCUUACUCGAUGAAAAGGAUGAUGGUAGAUCAGGCAAUGGUGAGAAAGCUUUCAGCUUGUGAGACUAUGGGGUCUGCCACAGUCAUCUGCACUGACAAAACUGGAACUCUGACGUUGAAUCAGAUGCAAGUGACCAAGGCUUGGAUCGGAGAAGAAGAAGGCACUCGAGUAACUGCUCCCAGUGUUCUUGAAUUGCUCCAACAAGGAGUUGCUUUGAACACGACAGGUGUAGUAUAUAUACCUUAUCAGGGUGGAGUACCUGAGAUUUCAGGAAGUCCAACUGAGAAAGCAAUUCUAUCUUGGGCAAUCAAGGAAGUAGGUAUGGAUAUGGAGACAAUAAAGCAAAGCAGUUCAAUUCUUCAGGUUGAAAGCUUCAACUCAAAUAAGAAGCGAAGUGGGGUAAUGAUGAGGAAGGAAUCUGACGGUUCUAUCAACGUGCACUGGAAAGGAGCAGCAGAAUUUAUUCUAGCAAUGUGCUCCCAUUAUUACACCUCUGCUGGAAUAAAAAAGGUGAUGGAUGAAGAUGGAAGGAGAAGUAUUGGGCUGAUAAUUGAAGGCAUGGCAGCCAGCAGUCUUCGCUGCAUUGCAUUUGCUCAUAGUGAAGUCUCAGAAGAAGAGGUGGAGUAUGACGAGGAAACAGCUAAGCCAAAGCUUAAAGAAGAAGCCUUGACUUUGUUGGGGAUUGUAGGUCUGAAGGAUCCAUGUCGUCCAGAAGUCAAGCAUGCAGUAGAUGUCUGCAAAAGAGCAGGAGUUAGAAUCAAAAUGAUUACAGGAGACAACAUUUUCACAGCAAAAGCCAUAGCCGCAGAAUGUGGUAUACUAGGAUACCAACAACAGGAAGGUGAAGUUGUGGAAGGAAUACAGUUUCGGAACUACACACAUGAAGAAAGAAUGGAAAGAGUUGACAAAAUAAGUGUAAUGGCAAGAUCAUCUCCCCUUGAUAAGCUACUGAUGGUUCAAUGCUUAAAGCAAAGGGGGGAAGUGGUUGCAGUUACAGGAGAUGGCACCAAUGACGCACCUGCUCUAAAAGAAGCAGAUAUUGGACUUGCUAUGGGAAUUCAAGGCACUGAGGUGGCUAAAGAGAGUUCCGAUAUUAUCAUCCUAGAUGAUAAUUUUAGCACCGUUGCCACCGUUCUAAGAUGGGGCCGAUGUGUUUACAACAAUAUACAAAAGUUCAUCCAAUUCCAACUUACAGUAAAUGUGGCAGCUUUGGUAAUCAACUUUAUAGCAGCAGUUUCAGCCGGAGAAGUCCCUCUGACAGCAGUCCAACUACUGUGGGUUAAUCUCAUAAUGGACACAUUAGGAGCUCUGGCCCUUGCCACAGAGCGUCCAACCAAAGAGCUUCUCGAUAAACCACCUGUUGGAAGGACAGCACCCCUCAUAACCAACAUUAUGUGGAGGAAUCUCUUGUGCCAAUCGCUGUAUCAAAUCUCAGUGCUACUGAUCCUGCAGUUCAGAGGUAAAUCCAUCUUUAAUGUGUCCACAGACAAAAAGAAUACCCUGAUAUUUAACACCUUUGUUCUGUGCCAAGUUUUCAACGAAUUCAAUUCAAGAAGAAUGGAAAAGCAAAAUAUAUUCGAAGGAAUCCACAAAACUCCUUUGUUUCUCGGGAUUGUUGCCAUAGAAAUCAUCCUUCAGGCAGUGAUGGUCGAGUUCUUGAAAAAUUUCGCCAACACAGUGAGCUUGAACUGGAAAGAAUGGGCAGCAUGUAUAAUCAUCUCAUUUUUCUCAUGGCCCAUUGGCUUUGUAGUUAAACUCAUACCUGUUCCAGAAGAACCCAUUUUUACUACUCUUGUAAAAUUCAUAGCCAAAGCCAGAAAGUUCAUUCACAGAGAUGUUGGUCUUGAAACCAGAUCAAGUCGAAAAGUACUAUAACCAGAGCUCAACACGUACCAUCAGAUAUUAUCAUAGAAUUUUUUGUUUCUCUUAUUAAAGUUUAAUUGUUGUAUCAACUAGUCCAUUGAUUAGUGAUCAGACAUGUACAGCUGCCCCAUCCCUUGCGAAUAGGAUACUUAAAUGAUUGUUAUUUUUAUUGUAAAAUUAAACCCUUAA